GGGAUUGUUGGUAGUUAGUGAAUAGUGAAAAUGAACAUUUUGGAACAAUGCAUGAUUUUGAAUGAAAAUAACCAAGACAAGAAAGCGUCCUGACCCGCCAAGAAAACCCAAAAAAAUCAUGGUUAUUUGCGUUGAAAUUGGAACAGACAAUGUUCCUUUCAUCAAACUUGGAGAUCACCUGAUGCGACUGGAUUUGGAAGACCUGAAUGAAAAAGAAGCCCAAAGAGCAGAAAAAGAGUUGCAGGAAACCCCAGAAAAUGUUCAGUUUGCAAUAAGCAAGUUUAAGGAAAUUUUACAGGCUGAAGAAAAUCUAUAUGUACCGUUAGAAGAUGAAUCGUUCCUGAUCAAGUUUUUGAGGCCCUGUCGAUUUCAACCGGAAACGGCUGCCAGAAUUUUGAGGCGGUUCUAUAGGUUCAAAAUUAAGCACCCGAAAUAUGGCAAAAAUAUAACACCGAACAGUGUGAGACAUGUUUUCGAUACUGAAGUCUUCAAAUUUUUACCCACAAGGACUUCUUCGGGAGCCAGGAUAAUGAUAGUCAAUUGUGGGGAAAAAUGGAAUCCGAAGAAAGUGAGUCUAGAGGACAUGUUCAAAGCUGUAAUGGUGGCCAUUGAAAUUGCCAUGCUCGAACCAAGAACUCAGUUGGGAGGAGUGCAUGUCAUUUUAGAUUUAGUAGGACUGUCACUAGUCCAUGUAUAUCAAUUCUCACCUUCAACUGCCAAACUUAUUUUAGAUUGGGUCCAAGAUUGCACUGCAGUAAGAUUGAAAGGAAUCCAUGUCAUAAAUCAACCAAUUCUAUUCAAUAUGGUGUAUUCAAUAUUCAAACCAUUUCUUGGAGAUAAACUGAAAAAAAUGUUAUUCUUCCAUGGUGUGAAUAGCAAAUCUCUCCUAGAAAACAUUUCGAAAGAAAGCCUUCCGGAAAUCUACGGAGGUACAGCGGAUAUUCCAGAUUACCCCGGAAAAAUAUUUGCAGACAUGCUUUUCUACUAUCAGAGCGAUUUUGAAGUGUACAGUACUUACGGAUAUGUAGCAGAUACAGAGAAAGCUAGAGGUUGAGUAGGACAUUUUUAGCAAGAAAUAUCCUCAUAUUAUGUUGAAGAAAUGAGGAUAUUACGCAACUAAAAUUUUUCCUGAAUGUUUCGACUGAUAGUUAUGCCUUAUUAUUGAUGUAGGACAUGUCAUUUUUUCAUGUUUUUUAAUAAUAACUACGGUCAUAGAGAGUAUAUAUCGAAUGAAAUUUGUGAUUAUUCAACAGAAAUAUUUGGAAAUGUCUGAAUGAGUAUUUUAAUAGCUUAGUGUCCACCUGAAAAAAAAAAACGAGAUGUACUAGCAAAAUCGCCACAUCUUUUUUAUAUAGUUUUCAGUUCGACUGAAGAUGGCAAGCUAGCUGCCGAAAUAAUUAUAUAUUUUAUAAUUUUCAUUUUUAAAUAUAUUUUAUAUUUUUUUGGGUACCCACCAGUGGCGUAAUUAAGAUUCAUUCCUGGGGGGGGGGGUCUAGGUCCAACAUCCAAUAGGUAUUUAAGAAAAUGAAAAGCAAUACGUAACUUACGUAGGUUUCAAUAAAUGUGUGCAUCAUUUGAAACCAAUAACAAAAUAAAAAAAAGUAAGUAUCGAAAAAUAAUAAAAUAAUAUCACAUAUCAACAGGUACGACAAACAUUGAAAUAGG